AAGACUGCUUGUUUCUUAUGCUGAAAGGCAGAUGAGUUUGCAGAACUGUGACCUAGCAGCAGGUUCUUUUAUUAAUCAAUCGACAAUCCAUCACUAGACGGUGUGACCGGCCGAGGGUAUGCGCGAAAUGUGUAGUAGACAGACAUAUGUACGCUUUGGAGAACGCCGCCGUGAAUAUUAUAAAAGAUGUUCACCGUUCCAGAAACCAGUUAGUCCGUCGCGUUUUGAUGUUGGGUCCGGUUGUGGAGUCAAAAGCUCAUUGAAUUGUUUUUUUUUUCUUCUUGAGAAAUUUUGUGGGAAAUCGAGAUGGCAACAACCACUAGAGUCCUACUGAUGGUAUUCACCACGUGCUAUUCCUUUACACUCAUCGCCGGGCAGUACUACAGUAUAAAUCUUGGUGGUGAAGAAGCUGUUAUCGCACAACCAGCCCCAUCUCCUCCCACCGGGGGACCUGCACAGGAAAUAAGACCAAAAAUCACUCCACUCGAUGCCAUGGUAGAUAAGACCAACCAUCUCGGCUUCCGGAUAUUGUAUCUGCACUCGAAGGGAAACAAAAACAAUAUUGCAUUUUCGCCAUGUGCCCUAGCGAGUAUUCUUGUGGCGCUGUAUGAAGGUGCUGAUGGAAAAAGUGCUGCUGAGAUACACGAAAAUCUGGUGCUGCCAUUCGACAAGGAUAUCUUGCGCGUUGGCUAUCGGGACAUUCAUCGCCGUUUGAGGAGUUAUUUCUACCGAAGAGAAAAUUUACUCAGUGGAUUAAGUUUAAGCAGUGAAAAUAUAACGAUCAGACCCGAAUAUGAGUCUAUUCUCAAAUUCUAUGGUUACGAUUUAGAGAAUAUUCCUGAAAUGAAAAUGCAGACCACGACGACGACACUUGGUCCAACUUCACCCGAUUACAUGGAAAGUACAACACCCCUCACCGAUUACGAAAUGACCUCCAGUGAAGAGGAACAGUCAACGACGGAAGCGAUCGCAACUACUUUCGAUUUGAGCAUGGGUUCGGCGGAGCCAGGUGAUGAAGGAACUACCACUACUGAAUCAGAACAAACAUCCGAAGAGAGCGACACAACAACAGAUUCCAUCGUGACGGAGACUACAACUAUCUCGGAUAUAGCAACGCCUGCGGAAGACACAUCGGAAACUCCUACCGAUGAUGAACAAACCGAAGAGCCGACCGAGGAAUCCGCCGCCGAAGGCACUGAAAAACGUCGUCGUAAUCUCCGUAAGCGUGGUCAAAAGCAAAGCCAAGUGCAGAGACGACAAUCUAACUCGAAUUACCGCAGAAGAAUGGUACGUUCUCGGCGUAGUCCCGAAGAAUUUGACCUGGUAGGCCACCAACGUUUUCUACAAAACUUCCUACUACAAGAUGUAACAACUACGUCGCCAUUUGCAGCGUUUCCCUCAUUCUCCGAAAGAGCUAGUCAAUCUCAACAGGAUCGUCAAUUGGAUGAUACUAUUGAGCAUAACUUUUACCUAAGUGAAACGGAAACAAUUAAGGUACCGUACAAGAUCUACAAUACAAUUUUGAAGUACGCCUAUAUCGAUCGGCUACAGUCAACAGUGCUGGAGUUGGAACUAGACUCCGACGACUACAAAUUGAUCAUCAUUUUGCCCGACUACGAAUUUGGACUAGGAAAUCUGAUGAAACUACUGCAAAGCGGAGAGAAUGUUCCUAACUUGAGAGACAUCGUGAAGCAGAUGGCACCUUCGUGGGUUAAAACUAUCGUACCAAAGUUCACAUUGAAAGGAAAUAUCAUUCUAACAAGCGAUCUGCAGAACAUGGGUAUAAACGACAUUUUCGAACCAACGCGUGCCGACUUCACACCCAUGACGGAAGACCCACUGAUCUACGCCAAACACAUCGAGCAGUCAAUCAAUAUCAACAUCCGGACGCAAUCGCUGCAGCAACUCAAAAGAUUUACGUCGCUUUAUAAAAAUCCGAUCGAACUGGCCAUUAACUACCCGUUUUUGUUUUGUAUUCUGGAUAAUGAACUGGAUUUAGCCCUUAUUACCGGUCGGAUACUUAAUCCGCUAAACUCAAGAAUUCAUUGA